CCAUGGCGGACACCGAGAAGCUCAACCUCGACUCCAUCAUCAGCCGCCUCUUGGAGGGUGAGAGGAUCCGGCACCCACCGGAUUUACCAGUGCAAGGCUCGCGGCCAGGGAAGAACGUGCAGCUGACGGAGAACGAGAUCCGAGGGCUGUGCCUCAAGUCAAGGGAGAUCUUCCUCAGCCAGCCCAUCCUGCUGGAGCUGGAAGCUCCCCUCAAGAUCUGUGGUGACAUCCACGGGCAGUACUACGACUUGCUGAGGCUGUUUGAGUACGGGGGCUUCCCCCCCGAGAGCAACUACCUGUUCCUGGGUGACUACGUGGACAGGGGCAAGCAGUCUCUGGAGACCAUCUGCCUCCUCCUGGCCUACAAGAUCAAGUACCCCGAGAACUUCUUCCUGCUGCGGGGCAACCACGAGUGUGCCAGCAUCAACCGCAUCUACGGCUUCUAUGAUGAGUGCAAGCGGAGAUACAACAUCAAGCUCUGGAAGACCUUCACUGACUGCUUCAACUGUUUGCCCAUUGCUGCCAUCGUGGAUGAGAAGAUCUUCUGCUGUCAUGGAGGGCUGUCUCCUGACCUGCAGUCGAUGGAGCAGAUCCGGAGGAUCAUGCGGCCCACGGACGUCCCCGACCAGGGGCUGCUGUGUGACCUGCUCUGGUCUGACCCCGACAAGGACGUGCAGGGCUGGGGCGAGAACGACCGCGGAGUCUCCUUCACCUUCGGCGCGGAGGUGGUGGCCAAGUUCCUGCACAAGCACGACCUGGAUCUCAUCUGCCGGGCACACCAGGUGGUAGAGGAUGGGUACGAGUUCUUCGCCAAGCGCCAGCUGGUCACCCUCUUCUCAGCCCCCAACUACUGUGGGGAGUUUGAUAAUGCAGGGGCCAUGAUGAGCGUGGAUGAGACCCUGAUGUGCUCCUUCCAGAUCCUGAAGCCAGCUGACAAGAACAAGGGCAAAUACGGGCAGUUCAGUGGGCUGAACCCUGCCGGCCGCCCUGUGACCCCCCCUCGAAACUCUGCCAAAGCCAAGAAAUGAGCCCUCAGCUGGCCCUCCACCCCAAGCUGGGGUCUGGGGGACCCCCCAGCACCCCUGAACAUCAGGUCACCUUUCUUUUCAAGUCGUUUUUUUAUUUGGAAGAUCCUGCCUUCCCCCCCUCUCUCCCCCAGCCAAGCUCCACCAAACCAAAUCCAACUGCCCCCCAACCAGACCACUCUGAGGGCAGGGCUGAGG